AUGAAAUUCGGAAAGAGUCUCAGCAACCAGAUCGAGGAGACUUUGCCUGAAUGGAGAGACAAGUUCUUGUCGUACAAAGAGCUGAAGAAGAGGCUGAAGCUGAUCGAACCAAAGGACGCUGAUGUUAGGGCUAGUAAGCGGCCGAGAUUGGCCAAGGCCGCCGGUUUCGGGGAGUGUUCGGAAGGACGAGAGAAGGUGGAGAUGACGGAGGAGGAAACUGAGUUCAUCAGGUUGUUGGAGGACGAGCUCGAGAAAUUUAACUCCUUCUUUGUUGAAAAAGAGGAAGAGUAUAUCAUCACAUUAAAGCCCGUCUUUCGUACGAUUGAACGGAGCAUCUCUGAGAAUGCUUAG